AUGGCACACAAUGCCAGGAAUAUGGACACAACCCAACUAGAUACCCCAGACAAGGUGGACAGCUACAUGGCUGGGGUGUAUUACAUUCAAUCAGCCUUGAAUGCCGACUUGGCGGCAGUCCGAAGAGGCUGCACUGUCUUGGUAGAAUGCAAUGGUCUCGAUUGGCGACAAAAACAAGACUUCAAGUUGAUUCAAAAAGUAUCUCGACAGAUCUUGACUGUCUAUCCCUUUGACGGAGUCUGCAAGCACUAUAACACCGGCGUGGCCAUGAACAUUAUGGCAUCCAUUAUCCGACAAAUUCUGCCCAAAGGACUCCGAAACAGGUAUCAAACGGGCUUGACGUUCGAGGGAGGCAAUACACUGGACGAUCUUUACUUGGUGCCCAAUCGAGAGACAGCCAGUCGACGAGUCCUCGAAGGGUUUGCCAAAGCGCUACACCGGCAUUAUCACUUUGAGAAGACAUUUGUCCUAUGA